UUAAAUGAAAAAUAUCUUCUGCUUUAUUUUUAGAUGCUCGCUGUAAGUACCGUUACUGUGCAUCACCCACUUAUCACCGCGUCAGAUCUUCAUGAGGCAAGCAAGCAGUACAGAACGGACUCAAAAGCAAACAUUGUACAUGGUUUGUCUGUCCUGGAAAUCUGCCUAAUUAUAGCUAUGAAACACUUAAAUGAUGUUUAUGAAGGAGAACCAUUUAACUUCCAGAUGGUUUACAACGAAUUCCAGAAAUUCAUACAGAGGAAGGCGCAUUGUAUGUACAACUUUGAAAAGCCAGUUGUCAUGAAGGCAUUUGAACACUUAUUGCAACUGGAAUUAGUAAAACCGAUCGAAAGGCCGUCUGUACGUGCCCAGAGAGAGUACCUCUUGAUGAAGCUGCUUUUGGACAACAAUCAGAUCAUGGAUGCCCUGCAGGCCUACCCAAACUGCCCCACGGAUGUUAAACAGUGGGCGGCCUCCUCCCUCAGCUGGUUGUGA